AUGGCCAUGACCUUGGGCAAAGAUGUCUCCGCACUCUUUCCGGAUGUCCUCAAAAACAUUGCGACCUCUGACCUCGACCAAAAGAAACUAGUCUACUUGUACUUGAUGAACUAUGCAAAAUCACACCCUGACCUAUGCAUCCUUGCUGUCAACACCUUUGUACAAGAUUCCGAAGACCCCAAUCCUCUCAUCCGCGCCCUGGCGAUCCGAACGAUGGGGUGCAUAAGAGUUGACAAAAUGAUUGACUAUAUGGAAGAACCCCUGAGAAAGACGCUCCGAGACGAAUCGCCCUAUGUUCGAAAGACUGCCGCAAUCUGCGUCGCAAAACUGUUCGAUCUCAACCCUUCCAUGUGCCUCGAAAAUGGCUUUCUGGAAACGUUGCAGGAGAUGAUUGGGGAUCCGAACCCGAUGGUGGUAGCAAACUCCGUCCAAGCCCUCGCGGAAAUCAACGAAUCGGCACCCGAGACGAAUGCCCUGCAGAUCACACCCAACACGUUGAAGAAGCUACUCAUGGCUCUGAACGAGUGCACGGAAUGGGGCCGUGUCACGAUCUUGAGUACACUGGCAGAAUACAAGGCGCAGGACGUCAAAGAGGCCGAGCACAUCUGCGAAAGAGUGGCGCCCCAAUUCCAGCAUGUCAACUCGAGCGUGGUCGUCGCUGCCGUCAAGGCUGUUUUCCUACAUAUGAGAUAUCUUCCGACGGAAACGCAACAGUCGUACCUGAAGAAAAUGGCGCCUCCGCUGGUCACACUGGUAUCUUCGGCGCCAGAAGUACAGUACGUUGCCCUCCGCAACAUCGACCUUCUCCUGCAGAAGCAACCCGACAUUCUCAGCAAAGAAAUCCGGGUCUUUUUCUGCAAAUACAACGAUCCGCCUUACGUCAAAUUUCAAAAACUUGAAAUAAUGGUGCGUAUAGCAAACGAGUCAAACGUGGAUCAAUUGCUGGCCGAACUCAAAGAAUAUGCCUUAGAAGUGGACAUGGAUUUUGUGCGCCGAGCCGUCAAGGCCAUUGGGCAAGUUGCCAUCAAGAUUGAAAGUGCCAGCGAACGUUGUGUUAAUGCUCUGCUGGACCUUAUCAACACAAAGGUCAACUACGUGGUGCAGGAGGUCAUUGUAGUGAUCAAGGAUAUUUUCCGGAAGUACCCAGGCUACGAAGGGAUCAUCCCCACACUCUGCAAAUGUAUCGACGAGCUGGAUGAGCCGAAUGCGCGAGGGUCUCUGAUUUGGAUCGUCGGCGAGUAUGCAGAAAAAAUCAGCAAUGCCGGCGACAUCCUUGGUGGGUUUGUGGAUGGCUUCGCCGAAGAAUUUACACAAACCCAGCUUCAGAUCCUUACCGCCGUGGUUAAGCUCUUUUUGAAGCGCCCGCAAGCUGCCCAAGGUCUUGUCCAGAAGGUUCUCAAUGCUGCAACUGCCGAAAGCGACAACCCCGACAUUCGCGACCGAGCUUAUGUAUACUGGCGACUUCUUUCCAACACCAGCGACCAAAAUGCCCCAAAGAACAUUAUCCUCUCUGAAAAGCCACCCAUAACUACCAUAAUCCAAUCACUACCACCCACGCUUCUCGAAAGGUUGCUCGGUGAGCUCUCGACGUUAGCUUCAGUUUAUCACAAGCCGCCAGAGCAAUUCGUUGGCCAAGGUCGCUUUGGAGCUGACGCGGUACAACGAGCUGCAAUUGAAGAACAAAUGCAGAACGCACGUGAAAAUCCGUUGGCCGCGGCAGCUGCGGCAGCGGCCGUCCAAGGCAAGGUUCCCGAAGCACAAAACAACAUCGAAAACUUACUCGACAUCGAUUUCGACGGUGCCGCGCCUGCAUCGGCGUCGGAGAAGCCUUCUGACGGCCUCUCGGGCUUGGAAGGGCUUGCAGGGACACCACAAAGAGUGGCUUCACCCACGGUCGGCCAGCCUGCUGCAGCCAACAAUAUGGAUGACCUACUUGGAGUGUUUGGCAAUGGAGGCUCUUCAACCGUGCCAUCGGCUGCGUCUGCAUUUGGGGGAAUGUCCGACAGUGACAUCCUGAAUGGCUUUGCUUCGAUGGAUUUGUCCCAGUCACAGCCUCCACCCGCGAAACAACAACUUGACAAUGCUGGCGGAAAGAAGACAAGUGAGGACUUGUUGUCCCUGUUCUAG